UAUUCCCAAAUAAACCAUGAAGAAGGAAGUGACGUUUUUGAGUGUCACCCUCUUCCGGUCUCUUUUGGUUGAGGCUGAGCUAUCUACCGGCCUGCAAACAUGCAGAUCUUCGUGAAGACGUUGACAGGGAAGACUAUUACCCUCGAGGUUGAGCCCAGCGACACUAUUGAAAAUGUCAAGGCUAAGAUCCAGGACAAGGAAGGAAUUCCCCCUGAUCAGCAGCGUCUGAUCUUCGCUGGCAAGCAGCUGGAGGAUGGACGCACACUGUCUGACUACAAUAUCCAGAAAGAAUCAACUCUGCAUCUGGUUCUGCGUCUGCGUGGUGGUAUCAUUGAGCCUUCACUCAGGCAGCUGGCCCAGAAAUACAACUGCGACAAGAUGAUUUGCCGCAAGUGCUAUGCCCGUCUGCACCCCCGUGCUGUCAACUGUCGCAAGAAGAAGUGUGGGCAUACAAACAACCUUCGCCCCAAGAAGAAGCUGAAGUAGACAUUUUGACUGAAUGGGCUCUCUGUACCAUUUUGUGUUAAAAUAAACACAGGAAAAUUA